AUGACGGAGGUGUCGUCCACCCGUCUCUACCUGGGCAACCUGCCUCGCAAUGUCACCAAGGCCGACAUUGAGUCCCAUUUCGGCUCUCAUGGCACGGGCGAGAUCACUGAGAUCAAGCUCAUGAAUGGCUUUGGCUUCAUCGAGUAUAAGGAUGCCAUGGACGCCCGCGAUGUGGUUCCAGAUGGUAGUACACUCCUGGGCGAGCGCCUGACGGUCCAAUUCGCUCGAGGAUCCCGACACCGGGAGAAUGGCGCCUACGCACCUCACGAGCGUGGCGCUCCUCGUCCUCGCCGCACCCCUCACAGGAUGCAGAUUAGUGGUCUUCCCACCGAUACCAGUUGGCAGGAUCUGAAAGACUUCGCCCGCCAGUCUGGUUGUGACGUCGUCUACUCGGAGACCGGCCGCAAUUCCAAUGGCGAAGGCUUCGUCGAGUUCGAGACUGCCGCGGACCUGAAGAAGGCCGUGGAGGCUCUUCAUGACCGCGAUUUCAAGGAUCACCGUGUCACCUGCGUAGCCAACGCACAACCUGACGUCCCUCGGGUCGAGCGUGGUCGCUCUCGCUCGCCGGGCGCCCGACGCCCCUAUCCUGCUCGCGAUGACUGGGACCGACGUGGUCCACCCCCAGGUGGAUUCAGCCCACGUCGCGACCCGUACCGUGACGGAUAUCGCGAGAGAAGCCCACGCCGCGACUACUACGAUGAUCGCGCCCGGUAUCGAUCGCCCCCCCGUCGCGGAGGCAUUGAUGACUACCCACCUCCCCGGGGCCGCUACGAUGACCCAUACCGCCGCGACUAUCCUCCUCCAGACCCAUACAUGGGCGGCCGCCCUCCCUAUGACCGGCCUCCACCCCGGGACCUACCUCCUCGCGACGCUGGAUACCCUCGGGACGGUGCUUACCCCCCACGCGAUUACGAUCGCCGUUACUGGUAA